CAGUAUUUAUAAUAUAAUACAAAUAUGUAAAGGAAAAGAUCAACAACCAUUUGGAGCAUAACCUCACAAGCACCUUGUCACUUUCCUAUACUUCUCUCUUAUCAUUUGGGGCAUAAACUGAUUCGAUCAUCUUCAUCAAAGUUAUGGGGAUUGUAAGGACGGAGCAGAGCAGGAAGUUGGAGUUGGAGGAGCUCCGCCGCAUGUUGGUGGCGUGUGCCGGCAUACAGAGGAGGAAAGACCAAGAAGAGUUUAAAGGGGUUCGAGUGUCAUCCAAAGAAAACAAAGAUGAUAUACUAGAGAAGUUGGUAUGUGUCACUAGUGGUGUUUCUUAUUUAGGCCUUGCUAUUGUGAACAAGCUCUUGCUUCGUGGCUACUCAGUUCGGAUCAUUGUGGAAAAUGAAGAAGAUAUAAAUAUGUUAAGAGAAAUGGAAACGUCAGGAGAGAUGAGGACAAUUAGCAACAAUGUAUCAGCAGUAAUGGCAAAGUUGACUGAGGUUGAAAGCUUAGCAGAAGCAUUCCAAGGCUGUCGUGGCGUUUUUCACACCUCUUCCUUUACCGACCCUGCUGGCCUUUCUGGCUAUUCAGUGAGCCUAGCUACUCUUAUUUAUUCUUCAAAAUCCAUGGCUGAAAUAGAAGUGAAGGCCAAUGAGAAUGUGAUGAAUGCAUGUGCAAGAACACCGUCAGUAAGGAAAUGCGUGCUCACAUCCUCACUUGUUGCAUGCUUGUGGCGUGACAACGCCCAAAAUGAUGUCUCCUCUGUUAUCAACCAUGACUGCUGGAGUGAUGAAACACUAUGCACUGACAAAAAGCUAUGGUAUGCCUUGGGCAAGCUGAGGGCAGAGAAGGUUGCAUGGACAAUAGCCAAGGAGAACGGGUUAAAACUGGCCACCUUAUGUCCAGGACUCAUUACAGGUCCCAAUUUUUGUCGAAGAAAUCCAACAGCAACAAUUGCUUAUCUUAAAGGAGCUCAAGAGAUGUAUUCAAAUGGAAUACUAGCAAUUGUUGAUGUUGACAGAUUGGCUGGGGCACAAGUAUGUGUUUUUGAGGAAAUGGACAAGAAUGCACAUGGCAGAUACCUUUGCUUUGACAAUGUUAUUGGGAGGGAUGAAGCUGAGAACAUAGCAAGGGAAACAGGAAUGCCUAUAAACAAGAUUUGUGGAAAUGGGGACAUUGAAGCUCGGUUUGAGUUGUCUAAUAAGAAGCUUUGUUGUCUUAUGUCAAGAACACUCCGGAGUUGUUACAGUGAAUGUUAAAGAAUUUUAUUAGACCGCGUAUUAUAUGCUCCUUUUGAGUUAGAUUAUACAUAAUAUUGGACGGCAUGUUCAAUUAGAGAAAAUGAAAGUAGAGGAAAGUUUCCGGAGAAA